CUUGUUUACGCGUUUUUAAACCACACGUACGUUAAAUUCAAGGUGUCUGACCCGCGUCAUGAUGCUGACAAACUUGGGAAUACGGAGCAGGAUCGGGUUAGGGCUAUGUGCUGGAAAAACGAAAGCAUGUCUGGACGGACGUUUUCGUGUUUACACGCCUACUUAUCGAGGCUCGUCAGGCACCGGGAGGGGGGGGGGUCCCAUUUCUAUCUGUUUACGUUAAGUCAGACACGUGAUCCGUUUGCUCGCGUGAACUUUGUGUGCGUUGGUGUUGGUGGUCCUGCAGUGACGUGAAGCUACGGAUGUUAUUCAGCAAAUAGUCAGGGCCGAGGUCUCUUUUAUUUGUGUGCAACUUCCAGUUUAAAUCGUGUCCGAGGUCCAGUUGCCUUGUUGUCAGCCGCAGCUCGCGUUGUGACGGUUGUCAGAGACGUUAUGUAAACAACAUGCAUCUGUUACAUCCGUGCAUCGGCGUUGAACAACUGUCUAUUAACUGAAAUCAGCACCAAAUGCAUCAGAUUGCCGCAAUUUAACUCAGAUCAGGAAUUGUGCACAGCUCAAGGCUCAUAAUAUUAAACCAUGCAAACAGACUGACAUUUUAAUCUCCCCAUUCCCACUGGUGCAGUUACACGUUUUGCAACGAUUACCAAAGUGCCAAAAUGUUGGUAAAUUAGUGAACUGCCACAGCUGAGAGGCCUUGUUUGUUGGUUUAAGUCUUCGUUCCUUCUCGCAAUAACAGUUUUCCAGUGUCUUCAUCCCAGUCUGGCAGCUGAACGUGGGCCACAGGGCAAAGUUCAACAGGAUUGCACAAUAACUUUUUUCCCUUGUUGUCACAUUUAGACCUGCAGGGAGGGAAACGCGCUGCAGUGGUACAUUGUGUUAUUAUGUCCUACUUUAAACAGAGGCUUAUUAUACAGAAAAUUGCUAAAAGUACACAGGCCUGUUGCAGUUGCAGAUACUGUAUGUACAGUAUUUAUAGUGAGUAAAAGUGGGGAUUCGUUUUCCUGACAUUAAAACAGAAAUCCAGUGCUUGUUUGGAUUAGACAUGUUAAACCCUCAGUCAUUGCUCAAGGCCACAAAUGAUUAAUAAGAACAGAACUAAAGCCAAAGAAAAACUAGCAAAGUUUAAAGUAUCAAUCUCCAGAUGCAGUAAAGUAAAAUAGGUGCCCUCCCCCACCUGAGCAGCUGAAUAUCAAGAGCUGACUUGUGACUUUUUAACAUUAUAACGGGGAACUAGUCUCAGUACAUUAGAAAGAGUGAAUUAACAAAUCUAAAUGUUCCAACAAGGUGAAAUCCUGUUUUGUGAAUGUUUGUAUUUCGCUGUCCACAGACCAGAAUGAAUGUGGGUGUGGCACACAGUGAGGUGAACCCAAACACUCGGGUGAUGAACAGUCGGGGGAUCUGGCUGACCUAUGCACUUGGUGUUGGAAUACUUCACAUUGUGCUCUUGAGCAUACCCUUCUUCAGUGUGCCAGUGGUGUGGACUCUCACUAAUGUCAUUCACAACUUUGGAAUGUAUGUGUUCAUGCAUGCGGUGAAAGGCACACCCUUUGAGACCCCAGACCAAGGAAAAGCAAGACUCCUUACACAUUGGGAACAGCUUGACUACGGCGUGCAGUUCACUUCAUCUAGAAAGUUCUUCACCAUCUCCCCGAUCAUUCUAUACUUCCUGGCAAGUUUCUACACAAAGUAUGACACAACACACUUCGUCAUAAACACUGCCUCACUUUUGAGCGUCCUGAUUCCCAAGCUGCCGCAGCUACACGGAGUAAGAAUUUUCGGCAUCAACAAGUAUUAAGACAUUGUAAAUGCUGUGCCUCAUAGGGACCACAGUUAAUUCCUAUGUGGUCUGUACCACCAAUGUGUAAACCAAGUCGUACAGUUUGUGUAAAUGCCACUGUUGUCAUUAGGAUUUUCCGUUUGUACAUGAAAUGUUUAAAAGAACAGGAUUUUGUUUGUAGAUGACAGGAUGCAAUAUGCAUUACUAACUUAUGUGAAUAUUUAAUGAUGUAUUUUUGGCCUGCGUAGACCUGGGCUGGCCCAGGCAUCAGUCAGGCUUUUGCUUUAGUUCAUAUGUCUUUCUUUGCCUUCAAUUCACACGAUGUGAGUAUAAGUUUGUUUCUACCCACAAAGAUGUCCCUAAUGUAUUUUUCAAAGAUGUUUACUUCUUGGGGGUAGGAGCCUGUGGCUCGUUUAUCGGUACACUCAUUUUGUAAUGGGCGUCAAACGUGUUCGUCCUGAGUGAAGAAUGGAAUCAUACUCUUUCUUUGCAUGAGUUCCUUGGUAUGUGAAUCAUUUGUCACUUGUGACUCAAUCAAAACAGGGUAACGUUUUCAUUGUACAGUUUUUUUUUGUGUGAACGUUAUGUCCCGUUUGUCAAAAUAAAGGUCCUGUAUGUGGAAA